CCUCGUCUAAAUUUCUUUAGCAGAAGCCUGCGUCCUCAUCCAUGCUGAUGCCGCUAUUGCUGGCACUCGUUGCCGCAUUUACUGGACUUGUUAAUGCAGGCGGCUCCGUACCUCCACAAUACAGCUUUGGAGAUUCAACGUACCCGUCCAUCAUUCCUGCAUCAUGGGCUUUAACCAAUGCAGAUUCCCUGGUGGCAUCUAAUUCCUGCAUAAUUGUCACCUCCCCGGCAUUUGGAGGUGUAUACCAAGCAGGAUCUAGUUUAGCCAUCCGAUGGUUUCUGAACAGCGAUGCAGCAAUAGCUGUUGCUCGACUGAAUUCAACAUACCAACUUACUCUCUCGCUGGUUGAUAAUUACUCGAACCGGACCACACUUAUUGCUUCUGGCGUUGAUCCGUACAGCAGUGUUUAUUUAUGGGAAAUACCAAGCGACACCGCUUUCAACAGGAGAGCCUACAUUGCUGUUAGCGGACUACUUGGCAACCUCACUGCCAACAUAGCCUCGGUUUGCAUCGAUAAUCCCCAAAUUGCCGGUCCAUUCACCAUUCUCAAUCGACAGCAGCCCUCUUUCUUCAUCACAGGUCCAGAUCCAGGUAUUGGGCAGAACAAUACAGAUCUCGGAAACCGUAAUGGAACUGGGAUCGAGUUACUACAAAGUGUUCCUAUGGGCAGAUUGUUCUAUAAUGUGGCUAUUCCCAUUGCUUGGUUUUGUACGAUUAGCAACAUCAACCUGGUGGACAUAUACUUGGUGGCAGACCAGGGUAGCUUCAACAGUACAAUCGCUCAAAGUUUGAACGUCAAUAGCGCACGCUAUUACUAUACCGUCCCUUCCACUAUCAAUCUGCCGGAAAAUACCACAUUCAGUAUACUAAUGUACGGCCGGAACAGCAACUCCUCGAAUAUACUUUCAUGGGCGCGCGAUGGCCCAUAUAAUGUAACUACAGCUUCGUGAUGCUGCUCGACUUUUCUUGUAUGAUAGCUUAUGCCCCGUCAUUGUAUAUUAUCGUUUUGUAAUUUUCGAUACCCCCAUUACUCAUCUACUGUCAGCGAUAUCCUCUUUUUUUUUUUUUAAUUGGCUUUACCGUGCAACGAUAUAAAACGUUGAGAAUAUUAGAAUUGGUAUUAUUUUUAACCACACUUCCAAAGCGCUAU